AUGCCUGCCCCUGGCCCGUAUCAGAAGCUAGAGCGAGGCUGGCAAACCAAGGGGAGGACUGGAAGCCUUCAGAGCCCCCAGAAAUUUAACAAUCAGGACUUCACCCACUUGAGAGACUACUGCCUGAGCCGAGGCCUGCUGUUUGAAGAUGACACCUUCCCAGCACAUGUCAGUUCCAUUGGUCCCAAUCUGCUCUCAGAAGACAAGCUGAGCCGCCUACAGUGGAAAAGACCAAUGAUGAUUGAGAGAAAUCCCCAUUUAAUCAUGGAUGGUGUUAGCAGAUUUGAUAUCAUUCAAGGAGAAAUAGGUGAUUGCUGGGUUCUGGCUGCCCUGGGAUCUUUGACAUUACAGAGGCAAUUUCUGGAAAAUGUUCUGCCAAAGGACCAAGGAUUCAAAGAGAAUUAUGCUGGGAUUUUUCAUUUCCGGUUCUGGCAUUUUGGAGACUGGGUGGAUGUGGUGAUAGACGACCGGCUGCCUUUUCUCAAUGGGAGGUACCUGUCUGUUCAACCGCGCAGCAGAAAUGAAUUCUGGCCAUCCCUGCUAGAAAAAGCAUAUGCCAAGUUGCGAGGCUCCUAUCAGAAUUUGCACUGGGGUUACAUUUCCGAUGUGUUAGUAGACUUGACAGGUGGAGUCCAAGUGCAGUUUCCUUUACAGAAACCUCUUUCUGAUCUGCAGGAGAUAAUAAAAGCAGCUGCCAAAUCACAAUGCCUGAUGGGAUGUACCACGCCAGGAGGGCAAUCCAUUGGUAACGUGGAGUUGAAGAACGGACUCGUGAAAGGCCAUGCCUAUACUGUCACCGGGGCUACAGAAAUACCAUACAAGAAUGGCUGGGAAGAUAUAAUCAGAGUGUGGAAUCCUUGGGGUCACGGGGAAUGGAGAGGGCCUUGGAGUGAUGGCUCUCCCCAGUGGGAUCGAGUUCCAGUUGAAUAUAAGAGAGAUCUCUGUGAAGAUAAGGACGAUGGCGAAUUCUGGAUGUCAUAUCAAGCUUUCGCAGAGCAAUUUUCCUCGCUGUUUAUUUGCAAUAACACCCCAUCAUUUCUGGACUUUGGAGAUCAGCGUGGUACAAAGUGGUCCCUGGCCAUGUAUGUAAACCAAUGGGCUCGAGGACUCACUGCAGGUGGAAGCAACUAUCAUAAUGGUGCAUUUUCAAGGAACCCCCAGUACUUUAUCCAAGUGGAGGAGCCUGACCUGAAAAACUAUAAUGUGGUGGUGUCACUGAUGCAAAAACCUGUCAAUAAUAUGACAGAUGCACAAAAAUUGUUCACCGGCUUUUUGAUCUUCAGGGUUGAACCCGAGUUCCAGGGCCUGAGGGACAGAUUGCCAGUUGCAUUUUUCUCUCAGUAUAAAUCCAAAGUUCUGAAGUGCGGUUUGAACGUGUCAGCCCGAGAUGUCACCAAUUACUUUUACUUGAGCCCCGGGACCUAUGUUGUUGUUCCAGCCACAUCAGAAGAAGGCCAAGAGGCUGAAUUCCUCCUACGAAUCUUUCUGAGGUGCCAAGACUCCAAUGAGGACCUGAAAAGCAGGCUCAGCCCAGUGAUGCCAAAGGGUUCAGACAUCAAUGCCUCACAGCUGCAAAGGCUCCUCAAUGAAGUGUUCCUGAAAGAUCGGCUGGCCAGCCCGGGCGGAGGAUUCUGCUUUGAGUCAUGCAGAGGCAUUUUAGCUCUGAUGGAUCUCAAGUCUAAUGGAAGACUCUCCCUGCAAGAAUUUAAGCACCUCUGGAAACUCCUUGCUCAGUACAAGGACAUUUUCAGGAGGGUAGAGGGAACCGGUUCCGGAUUCCUGGAUGUCUCCGAUUUGAGGAAUGCAGUACAGAGAGCAGGCCUGGCUGUUGAUGACCAGCUCCUCCAUGUGACGGCUCUGAGGUACAGCGAUUCCUUCAUGAGAAUCUGUUUCCCUGAUUUUGUGUGCUGCAUGAUCCGUCUCAAAACCAUGGCAACCAAACCUUUUGUUGGAAAAUUUUUGACCACCUUUAGUUUUGACAACUACAUGAAUCGAGACAGCACCUGCAGUUACUACUUGAUAAGUGUGCAGGACUUAAUGAUCACAUGCUACUUUGUGCCUCCUCAUCAGCGCAAAGUGCCUGAAAUUCAGCACAGCCAGCCAAACGAGGCUCUUCCAAUUGUUUAG